GUCACAGCUCACCGCACUCCUGGACCUCACCAUCACCAUAGCCUAUGGCCGGGCAGAUUAGGAAUGUGGGGCUUCCCCGGAUCACGGGAGAAGAGCCGCCCGCCGUGGUGCCACUCGGCCCGGGAGGAUGACGUCAUCGUUCGCUCAUUGUGACGUCACGGCCGCCGUCGGUCGGUCGGUCGGCGCGACGUGUGCUGCGCAGACGGCGCAGUGCACCUCGGUGUGUUGUGAGAGGAGGGUGUGGCAGACGAGCCUUUGAAUCGGUCACAGCUACAGGAGUUUUAGUGGAAGACUGUGGUGUGUUCUUAGGAGUUUCAUCGCCGGUAACCCAGAGAAAUCGCCAUGAGUAAGCCGUCGGCACCUUCCCACGACUACCAACAGCCGAGUCAGGGUCCUCCCAGCUAUAACCAGGCCAUCAGCGAGGGCGCCUCCCCACACCUUCCGCCAGGCCCGGCCAACUACAAGCCACCGGAGCAGCAGCCGAGUUCGUACGGCGGUUACGGACCUCCUCCGGGCGCCGCCGGCUACCCCCAGUACGGACAGCAGCCGUACGGCCAGUACGGGCCGCAGCAGCAACAGCAGCAGUAUGGCCAGUACGGGCCGCACCAGCAGCAGCAGCAGUACGGGCAGUACGGGCCGCCGCCAGGCGGAGUGCCGAUGGCAGUGCCGACGGCUACGGUGAUCCAGACGGUGCCGUACACGGGACCGAAUCCGACGCACAUGAUGUGUCCCCACUGCCACGCCGAGAUCGACACCAGCGUGCGCUCCUCGCCCAGCACAACGGCCUGGGUGUCCGGGCUGCUCAUCGCUCUGUUCGGUUGCUGGAUGGGCUGCUGCCUGAUCCCGUGCUGCAUGGAUGAGUGUAUGGACAAGGAGCACUACUGCCCCAACUGCAAGGCUUUCCUCGGACGGUAUCGCCGGUAGAGGCCGCAUCGCGGAUCGAAAACAACACGACAGUCCGCGCAGGUCUGCCAUCUGGCGGAGUUCACCGGAGCUGCAGCUUCGUCCUUUCGCCGCUACUGGCGCUGCUGUCGGCAUGACGGCGGGUGUUAGGCCCAGACUGAUGGUGCUUUGUGCUGAAUUUUGGUUUUAGCAAGUGAUUUAAUUUACUGGUUUGCUUUGGGUGUAUAACAUCUGGUUUGACUCUAUAAAUGUCCACUGGGUUUUGUUUGUAUCUGAAGAUCUAUCCAUCGUUUAGUUGAGAAAUUCGAUAUUUCUUUGCGACAGGCUCUUUCUGCGUGUGGUACUGAUCGGAAGAUGACUGAGAGGAUGCAUCGUAGUGUUUUCGUGUGUGAAUGCGGGAAGUCUUUGCGUGGUAGCCAAGAGUUGUUUGCAUCUGUCCCGUGUUGUCGGUUUGAGCUCGCUGACAGAAAAUUGUACAUUGUUUUGUUGGGCUGUAUAAUACCUUGUAACCGUUAGACUAUCGUUGUUGUAUCGUGCAAGCAUGACGUCCACGCCUAGCUUUUGCGAACAGUGAAGGCACUGAGCUUACCAUGAGAGGAUGGUUAUCAUUUUUGCGGCCGUAGUGCGCUAUUUGUAUGAGGCUGGUAGUUUUCGCUUUAUUUUUUGCCCGCCGAUUUGCUAUGCCGUUUUCUCGUGCCUUUAUUGGUAGAAUGAUGUCCGCUACCGUGGCGAAACAUGUCCAUGCGAUACAUUGAGGAUGAGCUCUGAGAAGCCGUCUGUAUCCGAGCUAGCUGGGCACUGGGUGGGUGACCGCAUUUAUAAGACCGCCUGUAUUUCACGUAGGUAGCUUGCUCGAACUUCGAAACAGUAAACCGGUCACAGACAUCCAGUGAACAGUCUAUGUCGUCCUGCGAUUUAUGUGGUGCGUUGGAUGGUCAGUUUCCUAUCCGGCCGUCGACUCUGCUUUGUAUCUUUGUGACACGGCCUCUGGGGGCGUGGGGCUGUAGCCAGGUGUGUGCCACGAGGUGUGCCUGUCCCCUGUGAACCGAUCAGCGCCGUGGAUAAAUAGGGGAGCGCUGUGCUGCACGGCGGUACGUCAUUACGACACGUUCCGCGGUGCCCGUCGCCCCCAGACGCGACCGACGUGUCCUGGCUGCAAUGUAUUUACGCUCGCUGGCUGUGCUGUGCGGGCGGCGGGCACGAUCUUUGUGGUGCUACCGUGCCGUGGCGCUGAGGUAUGUUGGGCAGCAUGGCUGUAUCGAAAGAUACAAUAAUUUCUGGUAAUACAUGUACACGUAUUCGUAAA